CUGCUGCCUAGGUACAACGACACCACCACCACCACCACCACCACCAUUACCAGACCAGUACCGCAGCUUCACUAUCACAAUACCUACAGUCUCCCCACUUGCAUCCAGAAAUUACCGCUACCAUGCUCCAACUCGCUCUCGCCACUCUCCUCCAACUCUCGCUCGUCUUACUGGUCAACGCAGCGCCCAUCGCGACACAAUCCGAGCCAUGGCAAGCAGGGACUGGUGGUGGAAUCGUUGGACUCAUUGUCCUCAUCCUAUAUAUCAUUGCUUGGGUUGAGAUUCUCCAGUCUAAUCGCCCGCCUUUGAACAAGCUCAUCUGGUGCUUGGUCGUCUUCCUAUUUCCUGUCGUUGGAAUGAUCAUCUACUACCUCUUCUCGAACCGCGACGCUCAUGGCCGCUCAGGCUAUGAGGCUAUUGGAGCAUAGAGUGAUGGAAGAUUGGGGUGAUGUGUUUACGGUCAGGAAGGCGGUGGCCGGCAAGGCGCACAAUGAGAGGUGCUUGGGGUUAGUGGAGAGU